CAGGGGGGCUGUGACCCCCGGCCUGGGGAGGCUGGUCUUUCCCAGGGCUUGGCAAAGCUGGGGUUUGGGGUGUCUGUGCCCGUUUUUGGGGUGUCUGUGCCGGGUUUUGGGGUCUCUGUGCCCAUUUUGGGGGUGUCUGUGCCCGUUUUUGGGGGUCUCUGUGCCCAUUUUUGGAGUCUCUGUGCCCGUUUUUGGGGUGUCUGUUCCGGUGUGGGGUUCAUCCUUCGGGGGGCACAGAGCUCUGCCGUGGGCUGGGAUGGCCGAGGUGUGUGCAGAGAGGAGGAGGAGGAUGAAGGGAGGAAGAAGGGAGAAGUUCCCAGGGUGUGGCUCAGGUGAUGCUGCUGCUGGCAGCUGGAGGAGAAGGAUGGGGUGGGAAUCACCUGCCCAGCCCUGCAGGAGAUUUGGGGUUGGAGCAGGACCCUAAAUGAUGGAGAGCACCUAAAAUAGUGGGAAGGGCACUAAAAGGGGCCUAAAAUGGUGCCUGGGAGCAGUGAGGAUGGUGAUGGACCUGUGGGGGUGGUCCUGCCUGCUCUGGGGGCUCUGGAGGUGGUGAGCUGGGGUUGGGUGGUCAGCUGGGAUGGAGUGGUCAGCUGGAGUUGGAUGGUCAGCUGGGGUUGGGUGGUCAGCUUGAGUUGGAUGGUGAGCUUGAGUUGGAUGGUCAGCUGGGAUGGAGUGGUCAGCUUGAAUUGGAUGGUGAGCUGAGGUUGAAUGGUCAGCUGGAGUUGGAUGGUCACCUAGGGUGGAGUGGCCAGCUAGGGUUGGAUGGUCAGCUGGGGCUGAGUGGUCAGCUGGGGCUGAGUGGUCAGCUGGGGCUGAGUGGUCAGCUGGAAUCAGAUGGUCAGCUGGAGUUGGAGUGGUCAGCUGGGGUUGGAUAGUCAGCUGGGCUCAAAUGGUCAGCUGUGGUUGGGUGGUCAGCUGGGAUGGAUGGAUGGUCAGCUGGAAUCAGAUGGAGUUGGAUGGUCAGCUGGAAUCAGGUGGUCAGCUGGGGUUGGAGUGGUCAGCUGGAAUCAGCUGGGGUUGGAUGGUCAGCUGGGAUCAGCCAGGAUCAGGUGAUCAGCUGGAGUUGGGUGGUCAUCUGGGGUUGGAUGGUCAGCUGGGCUCAAAUGGUCAGCUGGGCUCAAAUGGUCAGCUGGGGUUGGGUGGUAAGCUGGAGUUGGAUGGUCAGCUGGAAUCAGCUGGGUUUGGAUGGUCAGCUGGAGUUGGAUGGUCAUCUGGAGUUGGGUGGUCAGCUGGAAUCAGCUGGAGUUGUGGAUGGUCAGCUGGGGUUGGAUGGUCAUCUGGAGUUGGGUGGUCAGCUGGGAUGGAGUGGUCAUUUGGGGUUGGAUGGGCAGCUGGAAUCAGGUGGUCACCAGGGGUUGCGUGGUCAGCUGGAGUUGGGUGGUCAGCUGGAAUCAGCUGGGGUUGGAAGAUCACCUGGGGUUGGGUGGUCAGCUGGGAUGGGAUGGUCAGCUGGAAUCAGGUGCUCAGCGCGUGCACAGGGUGACCCCUGCUCAGGGGGUUGUUUGGUGGUAGCAGAGAGCCUGGCUGGGCAGGGACAGGGACAGCCUGGCUGUGCAGGGUGUUUGAAUGAAGAGCUCGGUGCUGGGGCAGGCUGGCAGUGGCUGUGGGGGUGUCAAAGGCACCUGAGCCCCCAUGGGGGCUGUGGUUGUGGCAGGGACACUCUGGGGGUCCCUUGGGGAGGGGUUUGUUGCUGUGGGGUGUCUGAGGCCACUGCCAGGUUGGGGUCUGGGGACAGUGGAAGUGUUAAAUCCAGAGCUGGUGGUGAUGGGCCUGGGGGAAAGUGAGGCAAAGAGAAAGAAAAUAUUUCCUUUUCCUUCCCCCUUUUCACGUCCCUCUUCCUCUCCAGAAUAAUUUCAGCAAACCAAGGAAAAAGCAAAUUCACAAAAAACCAUCUGCACCUUUUCCUUGAAAAUUUCACUUCCUACGCUCUUUUCUCCCCUUGUGUUGCUUGGCUGAGGCGUUCCCCCAUCACUUUGGGUGUGAAUUGGGAUAUUGGGGUGUUUGUCACCAGCUCUGGGGACAAGGCUUGGCUGGGCUGAGGGGCACUUGGUGCUCUGGGGGUCCCCUCUGCCCUCCUGGGGAGAGGGGAGAGCAUCCAUCUGCUGGGGAAGGAGCAUUUCCCAGCCCCUCCUCAGCUCUGCCACAUCCUGCCUCCCAUCCCUCCAGCUGGGGGCACAAUUUGGGGAUGUUUUGGGGAUUUUCACCACCCAAAGUGGUGAAAAUUCAUCCCCAUCCACCUCUCCUGGGCUAUGUCUAACAGUGAGCUUCAGCUGAAGGUUUGCUCUGGUUUCCCAAGUUCAUCCUUUAUUCCACUUUUCCCUCUCACUUCACUUUUCUCUCUCUUUUUUUUUUUUUUUUUUUUUCUCUUUUCCACAAAAAAACCCAACCAGACCCACAAACCAAGUAUUAUGUUUUCACUACCUCCAUCCACCACCCUUCCUUGUCCAAAGCAGGAAGCCACAUUUGGGAUGUAAAAGGGCCUUCCCCCUUUGUUUUCCCCUUUUCCCUGGUGAUUUUCUCUCCCUUCUGUCCCUCUGCCCCUCCUCUCUCUGAUCUCUCACCUGUAGUAUUUUACCUGGCUACUGUAACUGUAAAUAGCGAGUUUCAAUCUGUUAGCAAUGGUAACAGUACAGAAAACUGGUUUUGGGGUUUUUUUUUGUUUUGUUUUGUUCUUUUUUUUUUUUUUUUUUGUUGUAUUGAUAUGAAAUGAGAUUAUAUUUUUGUCAGAGUAUAUUGUAAUAAUACUGACUUUGGACAUGGCUGAGUUGUACAGCGAUUUUCUUGUUUAACCCUCUUGGCUCUUCCCCUGCACCCCUUCCCCGAGGUCCCUGCUCCCCAAAUUUCCAUGUCCCAGACCCAUGAGCAGCCAUUUGGCAGUGGGAUAUUGGGAUAUAUUCAAUUUCCCCAAAUUUCCAUGUGCUAGAUCCAGGAGUGGGAUAUUGGGAUCCAGCAGUGGGAUAUUGGGAUAUAUUCAGUUGCAGGUCCAGGAGCAGCCAUUUGGCACUGGGAUAUUGGGAUAUAUUCAAUUUCUCCAAAUUUCCAUGUGCCAGAUCCAGGAGUGGGAUAUUGGGAUCCGCAGUGGGGUAUUGGGAUAUAUUCAAUUCCAGGGCUGCUUUUCCCCAGAUUUCCAUGUCCCAGAUCCAGCAGUGGGAUAUUGGGAUAUAUUCAAUUCCAGAUCCAGGAGCAGCCAUUUGGCAGUGGGAUAUUGGGAUAUAUUCCAUUCCAGGGCUGCUUUUCCCCAAAAUUUCCAUGUCCCAGACCCAUGAGCAGCCAUUUGGCAGUGGAUUAUUGGGAUAUAUUCAAUUACAGGGCUGCUUUUCCCCAAAUUUCCAUGUCCCAGAUCCAGCAGUGGGAUAUUGGGAUCCAGCAGUGGGAUAUUGGGAUAUAUUCAAUUCCAGACCCAUGAGCAGCCAUUUGGCAGUGGGUUAUUGGGAUAUAUUCAAUUUCCCCAAAUUUCCAUGUGCUAGAUCCAGGAGUGGGAUAUUGGGAUCCAGCAGUGGGGUAUUGGGAUAUAUUCAAUUCCAGGGCUGCUUUUCCCCAGAUUUCCAUGUCCCAGAUCCAGCAGUGGGAUAUUGGGAUAUAUUCAAUUCCAGGUCCAGGAGCAGCCAUUUGGCAGUGGGUUAUUGGGAUAUAUUCAAUUACAGGGCUGCUUUUCCCCAAAUUUCCAUGUCCCAGAUCCAGCAGUGGGAUAUUGGGAUAUAUUCAAUUCCAGGUCCAGGAGCAGCCGUUUGGCAGUGGAUUCUUGGGAUAUAUUCCAUUCCAGGGCUGCUUUUCCCCAAAUUUCUAUGUCCCAGAUCCAGCAGUGGGAUAUUGGGAUAUAUUCCAUUUCAGAUCCAGAAGCAGCCAUUUGGCAGUGGGAUACUGGGAUAUAUUCCAUUCCAGGGCUGCUUUUCCCCAAAUUUCCAUGUCCCAGAUCCAGGAGCAGCCAUUUGGCAGUGGGUUAUUGGGAUCCAGCAGUGGGAUAUUGGGAUAUAUUCCAUUCCAGGGCUGUUUUUCGCCAGGGUUCCCAACACCCCCAUGGCUCUGGGGAGCUCAGCACACCCGGGGGUGCUUUUAAUGAAGAUGUCCCAGCUAGGCAGGGAUGCUCUGGGUCUCUGCCGUGCUUUGAGCAGGAAUCAGGACCUUGGAGCAGUGAGCAGGGUGGUUCCAGCUCUCCUCUCCUCCCCAGCCAGGGAAAACCCCGGGUUCUUCCCAGCAUCUUCCUCCUGAGCUCCGUUCUCUGCCUGUUUGGGAUGUGCUGGGAUUAAACCAGAAGAGGGUGGUGUGGCUCAGGCUGUGCCAAAAGAGCUCUAAACGGGCUGGGAAGGAGGCAGGAACUGAGGGGUUGACAAUUUCCCCAUCCCUGGGAAGGUUUUUGGGGACUGAGGGAUUGUGGAAGACCUUCCAGGCUGGGAAGAUUUUGGGAACUGAAGGAUUGACAAUAUCCCCUGGCUGGGAAGGUUUUUAGGAACUAAGGAUUUGAAAUAUCCCCCAGGCUGGGAAGGUUUUGGGGACUGAGGGAUUGACAAUAUUCCCAGGUUGGGAAGGUUUUUGGGGACCGAGUUAUUCGCAAUAUCCCCUGGGCUGGGGAAAUUUUGGGGGAAUGGAGGGAUUGAUAAUUUUCCGCAGGCUGGGAAGGUUUUUUUGGAUGAAGGAUUUGCAAUAUCCCCCAGGCUGGGAACUGAGAGAUUGACAAUAUCCUCAUCCCAGGUUUGGAAGGUUUUUGGGGACUGAGAGAUUGACAAUAUUCCCCUGGCUGGGAAUUGAGAGAUUUGCAAUAUCCCCCAGGCUGGCAAGAUUUUUGGGGGAAUUGAGGGAUUGACAAUAUCCCCCAAACUGGGAAUUGAGAGAUUUGCAAUAUCCCCCAGGCUGGGAAGGUUUUUGGGGGAAUUGAGGGAUUGACAGUAUUCCCCUGGCUGGGAACUGAGGGAUUUGCAAUCUCCCCAUCCCUGGGUGGGGGUGAGUGGCUGUGUCUCCCCCCAGCUCCCACACCCACCCCAGCAUUGUGCUGGGGGUCAGAGCGGGAUUUUUCACUUCAGAUGGGUUUUCAGAAGGAGAUUUUCCUGCUGCUGCCUGCGACCGGCCCAGCUCCUCCCUUCUGCAGAGCUGCAGGAACAUCCCCAAGCUCUCCAUGGGCUCCUGGCAUCCCCAAGGCCACCUUGGGCCACCACUCCCCUCCUCCCCACGGCCCUUUCCAAGCAUUUGCAGGCAAAUCAGAGAUGCUGGAGAAGUGGGGACCAUCUGCUGCUCCCUCUGCUGUCCCCCCACAGCCUCCCUUUGCUCCCCAUAGCUCAGUUAAGCACGUAGGUGUUAGCAAACUCUGGGCUGUCCGCAAAACCUUUUGUAAAAUAGAAUAGACCUUCAAAUAAUGCACUAAAUAAAAAAAAAAAAAAAAAAAAUCCUAAAUGCCCCUCGCCAGUCAGCUUCUCUGUGUGAUGGUUCCUUGGAUGUCCCUGCUCAGCACAGGCAGCUCUGCAUCCUCCCCCCAGGGUGCUGCACAGGUAGAAACAAACCAGGACGUGCACUUCCCCACCCCCGAGGAGUUCUAUUUAUUGUUUUGAGAAGCAAUUUAAAAGGGAAAAAAAAAAAAAACAACAAAAAAACAAACAAAAAAAAAAAGGGAGAAACUGUAUCUAUAAUAUAUAUAUAUAUAAAUAUAUAUAUAUUUUUAACCUGUUUUUUUUUCCUGAUGCUCCUCCAGCCGUGUGUGUGGGUGUGUGUGGGUGUGUGUGCGAGUCAAGGGGUUGGGCACCGGGGCAGGAGCAGCGGGACCGGCCCCGGGAGGGGAGGGAGGGAUUAUUUCGAGAAUUUGUGAUGUUUUAACCGCGAUUUUCAGCUAAUUCCACCUUUUCUGAAGUGUUUGCACCCUCGGGGUCUGGCCUGGCUGGGAACCCCCCAUGCCCUGUCCCAUUCCCUCCCUCCCUCCUCCCUUGACAAUCAGUGGCUCCUUCCCAGGGACUGCAGCACGUGGUUGAGACGUCGAUUUUCGUUUUUUCAAUAUUCCUUUUUUUGUGCUGUAUGGUGAUGCGUUAUUGUAUAUUCCACAAUAAGGAGAAAAAAAAAUAUAUUAAAAAAAAUGAUGAUAAUAAUAAUAAUAAUAAUUACCAUGAGAAAUUCUUAUGAGUUUUGUUUGGAAACUCUUUCACUAUAUUUGUUGUAAAGAGGUUUACUAUUAAAAAGAAAAAAAAAUACACGUUUCUGAUAA